CUAGCGUCGACAGCCACGCGCGAUCACCCAUACUCACCCUCUACACACCGCCCCAGCCGGACACCGCCAAAAUGCAGCCCACCCGCGCCCUUCUGGGCAUGCGCUACCGCAAGCUGCGGCUUACGACCAAGGACAUCAACAAGGGCUACUACAAGGGCACGCGAACGGGGUCCAUGGGCCGGCACACCAAGAAGGGUGGCUACAUUAUCGAGUGGCACAAGGUGCGAACUUAUGUCUGCCCCCCGCUGGACGGCUUCAAGCUCACGCCGUUCGUGACCAACAACAUGCCCAGGACGUUCGGGCAGUACUCUGGUGACCCGCUUGGACCGAAGAGCCCUGCGUUAUACCUUGCCCGGUGGAAGGCCGAGAACGGGUUGGAUUAAGAGACGUGCCCAUGCCGAAGAACCGAGAUUUAUGCUAUCGGUUGGGGACUACUAGUUGGACUUUGAGGAUCUAGAGAGCCCCGGCGAUCCUGGUCUAGAGACAGAUGCCACUAGGAAGGUGGGCAAUGUCUUGUACGCCUGCGGCUGCGACGGAGAGGACGGUAUUGUAUUAUGGAACGGCGUUCUCAGGCGUUGUCGAGGUAAAAUCUGUACAAAAUCGACUGGGCGAAAUACACAAUGGCUUUCACACAAUCCACUUGGUGGAACUCCAUGGGGUGGUGCAAGGAAGACGGCACCGGCGGCUUGGUCAAGGGCACAUAUCCACUCGAGCUCUAUCUAUGUCUCGAAGAUCUGGAUGUAUUUGGGGAUGAGGGAUCGCAACUCGGCCGAACAUGGUGCUAUCGCCCUCAUUAACAACGCACAACAGUGCUGAUCGAACGCCUCCCAUAGAGUACAGUCAGCCCAGGUGAGACGCGCCAGCCAAAAGAUCC